AUGCCUUUUCCUGUAGGUUUUCGGAUGUCCAGGGAUAGAACUUUCUUGCAGCGUAAGCUCUUGCGCUCAUGCUACGAGGACCUUAAAAGGAGAGUCAAAAGUGGUAAAACAGGCCUGCGUAUGAUAUUCGUAAACGGGUUCCCUACAGUUGGUUCAUCUCUUUCAAACAACGAGGACAGUCGUUUCAACAGUCAUGCCAGCCAAUCCUAG